AUGGCCACUUUCCAUCCCUUUCCACGACUUCCUCUCGAGCUCCGAGAGCAAAUCUGGAAGGACACCGUCGAACCGCGAACCGUCGACGUGCGGCGUGUUCGACACAGGUGGUCUCAACGCCAUGGCCAGCUCGCAUCGUCUACGCCCAUACCAGCUAUACUACAGUCCUGCCGGGAAGCGCGAAACCUUGGAUUGUACAAGCGUGUCCACUUUGAAGUUGACGUAGUAAAAAAAUUCGAGAACAACCACGCGCCGGAAGUCCUCAUCGAGAAAUUCUUCACGCCUGAGGAGGAGCGGGGAGAAGAAGAAGGGCCCAAGGAAGUCGAGACCGAGCAGCGCUAUAUAUGGCUGGAUCUCGAUAUCGAUAUGCUGGACAUCGGCACUUCUACGUUCUGCGACUACAUUUCCAUCGCAUCAGCCGUCAAGCGCCUCAAGUUUGAGCGAGACGACCCACAUGGAUCACCUCUGCAUGAACUCAUGGAUUUUGUUAGUGUAGACGAAAUUCACAUUGUCUGCCCAGAUGGCUUCUGGGUGUGGGCUGGGGCUCUAUAUAAUCAUGACUGGCCCUGUGCUGAGGAAAAGCUUGUGUUUAUCGAGCCAUUCAGUAGUCAAGUUGCGCGUAGCAUAGAAUUCGAAAAUGUAUGUAGACAGGACCUGGAGGACGACAAGUCUUGA